AUGUGUCCGUGUAAACAUUUUGUCCGUGUAAACAUUUCGAUGACAGCGCCACCCAAAAUUUUGUCCGUUCAUAUGAUAAUUUUACACUCUCCACCUGAAACUAGACUUUGCCCGACCGGGGCUGCUGAAAUCAGGUGGAGAGUUAGAAAGAAAAAUCUCAAGAUGGAUUUGUUCAUAAGAUAUUGUUUAUUUGUUUUUUUACUACACAAAUUAGUAAAUAUUUCAAAGUGGAUACAAAUUAGGCCUUCCGAAAUAUCCAUCCGUUCACACAAAAUAUCCGGAUAUCUGGAUAUUUUGUAUGAACGGAUGGAUAUUUCGGAAGGCCUAUUACAAAUUAUAACAUGGAAUGAAAGUUAA